AUGCGCCACCCGACGCCAACAACCCCCAACUCACCACCCAGCAUCCUUUCCUUCACCUCUCCCACCUCCACUGAAAGCCCCGCCCAAGCCGUGGACUCUGCGCUCGGCAAGGUGAAGAGCUUUGUGGAGGGAAGUGGAGCAGGGCAAAAUGGUGAUAAUAUUACCAGCAGGUUUAAGAAAGAUGUAAUUGGUGAUCUUACUAGGGAAGUCGAAAAGCUUCCCGACGCCGUUGAACACUUCGAAGACCAAGCCAAGCAGCAGAUCAGGGCUGCCGCCACGACGGCCAUCACCAAGGCGGCUGACAUAGUUGCUGAUGGCAGUAAUGUUGAUGCAAGUGCUAUUGACUUGUCGACUAAAAUGCCCACAUUCAACUCUCACUUCACUGCUAUUACAAAAAAUCUCGACAGUGAACUUAGUAAGCAAGUUGAAGAGCACAUUGGCCAGGAUGAUGGCCAGCCGGGCGGUAAAAUUACUGAGCUUAAAACUACAAUGUUUAAUAAUUACAAUAAUCACGUUGAACAAGAAAGCGUUAAGACCUUUGACCCCAAUAACCCUGAUAGCCUAGAUGGCCAACUCCCCGUUGCGAUCAGCAGCAUUAGCAGUGACGGUCUGAAAGAUCUCACUGAACUCAUCGAUGACAGUCCAAGUGGCGGUACAGACCCAAAGAAAAUCACCAAGCAGACAUUUGAAGCUCCCGUAACCGCAAUAAAUAAGCAGCUUGGAGAGAUCAAGAAAUUGGUUGCUGGUGAGGAUGGCCAAGAUGCAUGGUCUACAAAUGACAAUAAGGGGAUUAAAAUUUAUCUAGGGUAUCUUAAAGAUGGCCUUAAUUCAGAAGAAUGGAAACCAGUUGGUAUACCGGUCCAAGGCCUCGCUAAAAUAGCGCAGAACAUUCGUCAUCUGCAAAAUGUGAAUUUGACUAACAAGCCCAUUGACAUCGAUUACGCCGUGAGAGCAAUUAAAGGGGAGGUUAAGGAGCUAAGAGAGAAAUUGAAGAAAGACAAUGAUAAUACUGGCGUCAUCAACGUGUUGACAGACUUGAAGGACAGCGGUCUGAGUAAAUUUUUCAACGCUUGGCCGGCGGACAGCAAAACGCUUAACGGCCUUGGGAGGAUCUACGAGGACCUCAAGAGGGAGAAUGAUAAGUUGCCGAAGCAGACAAAAAUCAUCGAUGAUACGAUUAAUAUAGUCAAGCAACAAAUAAAUGAUGCGUUAAGGGAUGUCGGAUUCAAAUUGCAUCAUGACCUAGUAGAUGACGACGUGGUGGACCAGUUGGUGAAGCUGGCAAAAAUGAUCGGCAAAAGUAAAGAUGGAUACCAUAACAAUCUGGUGAAGAUUUGCGAGGAAAUUAACUGGCAACAAAUCAGUGCGUUUACAUACAAACCACAAGCCAUCCACCAAGCCAACGAGGCAAUCAAAGUGGCACUCAAAGCGCAGAUGAGCACGCUGGACAACGACGUCAUUACAACAUUGAACGACUUGAUGACCAAUGGGCUGAGUAAUCAGGCAAGUUGGAAGCCUAGUGGACAGGAAGCAGCAAAGGGCUUUGACCAUAUUAUUAGUGAGCUCAACACUCAACAAAGUACGCUGGAACAACAACCCACUGCAAUCGGCAGUGGCGUUACCCAAAUCACCAAUGAGAUUGACGAGCUGAGGAGUGAGUUGCAGGGUAAGGAUGACACUGAGCCAAAAGAAAAAGGUGUCAUUAAUAACUUAAAACAUCUGGAAGAGAAAAUUGGAGAAGGCAAAAAUGAAGGUCUUGAAAAAAUUAAGAAAGACAUUGAAGAGCUCAAUAGGGACACAGUCCCCAAGGUCAACGAACAUCUCGGUGAACUGUGCGCCAAGAUUGCGAGCGAAGCCGGCAGUGUCGACUGGCAGUUGGGGCUUUUCAAAAAAAAUAACAUCGACAAAGACCUCGCAAAAAUCAAGACACAAAUUGACACCCUCCGCACCGGUGACCUCCAGGCGGCCAUCGCCAUGUGCGACAAGUUCCUCACCGACGCCGAUUACAUAAAAUGGGAGAAAGUAGAAAACAUUGAACGCUUCGUAGACAGUGAGAUUGAAAAGGCAAUCGCGGAGCUCAGCAAGCAGGCGCGGCGGCAGUACGUGGAGUCCGCGAAGGACGCAUUAAAACACUUCGCCGACAAGGUGGCCGGGGAGCUGGGGGAGCUGCCCAAGGACAUCGCACAUGACUUGGCGAUCGGAUUUAAAGGGUUCAUGGCCAAAUUAGAAAAUGGGUUUGUUAAGAACAUCGAAGGAAUUAAGGGCAUUGAUUUUAGGGACUUUAAAAAUAGGUCUCCGCUGAGCCAGGUGGCUGAAAAAAUCAGUGCAUCCGUACAUGGGUUUUUCCCCGAACUCAUGCAACAGGAGGAAUUUUUAAAUGGUAAGUUCCCAAAGCCGGCAAAAUCUGACACAUCUCAGAGCCUGACGGACGAACAAGUUGAGGCUUUGGAGUCCAUGCCGGAGAAUAUGUUGCAAUUUGUGUCGUUCAUCGACGCGUUCGACAAUCUAAUUCAGCACAUUGAAGCGGCCGGCCAUUUCGAUUUCCCCCUCACAGUGCCACUUGAAAAACUCAAAAAGCAACUCGGAGCAUUCACCUAUGAUGCGUAUAAUGACGGUCAGAGAGCUUUAUUACGUCCGCUGAAAAACGGUAUUAAUAACAUACAUGUUGAACUGGGCAACGCCUAUAUAAGCACUUACUCUGGCCAGGAAUUCACUGCUGCGUUGGUGGAGCCUGAGAGUGCCGGCAAAAACGCUGCGCAAAGUACCGACCUGAUAUCCUGGCAAAACAGCAAAUUGACGCCUUACGGCGGGAAACUCUCUAAGGUCUUUCUCACUCUGCUACCGAUACUUGAGACUUCAUUCGCCGUGUUGAAACACAACUGCAAGAGCCUCGCCGGACAGCAUCUCAACAGAUCUACGGACCUAGGCAGGCUCCUAGGCGAGAUGGGCUACAGAGUUCCAGACGACGGCAAGCAGGACGGCGAGCUGAAUAGCCACGUGACCGGUAGAGGAAUUACCAUGCUCCUCGUCGGCGAUUUCGAACGUGUCUUCAACUCUGAUAAGGACACCAAAAAUGCGCUCGGAGUCCUCGUAGAAUCUCUCAAUGAUUAUUACAAGGCGUGCCACUACGCCACUUUAUCUGCCACCAGGACGCCACGCUCAGUCUACGAGAUGCUCUGCUGGCUGACGGGCCUCCCGCACAACUGUGUCUAUGAUAAGCUCUGUAAAUUCACCAAGCUGUGUUACGACGAGCAGACUGAGAAUAGCCUGUAUCCCACUACGAUUACCGCCGACGCUUUAGUUUCCGCCAUUGACAGGCUCACCGCCCACUGUCCCAGCAUCCUCACCAGGGUGCUCGGCUACGGCGACGCUUACUCAACCUACGCCUGUGACUUUUACAACAACUCCACGAAACUGUAUUACCCGCAGGACGGCGAGGAGUGUCUUCACUUGCUGCUUCAUAUCCUCUGUAGAUUGCUCUCAGUGCUCAGAUAUCUGUUCUCUCAGUGCUCACUCCCCGCCCACCACGGCGGCUGGGCAGACUGCAAGUACGGCAAGGGUGCCACUCCGUACACGUGGCAGUGCAAUCCACCGCUCAACGGCCUGCCUAACCCUCACCCGGAGUGCUCCGAUAAGUCCCCUCUAAUGUCAUACCUAAACGACUGCCUGCCCGGCCUCUUGCCUCACCAGGUCAUCGCCAUAGGCUGUGAGCCUAAAUGCAACACGUGUCCCACCUCUCAACCUGGGAUGCCAUGUCUGACUCCGCUCGGCUUCCGCACAUUUUCAGGAAGCACGAAGACGGGCAAACAUCUGUGUGCGGUGCUCACCAAAUUGCUCGCCAACGUCCAUAUAAAAUCGCUGCUCAGCCUCUGUCCCACACCGCCGGCCACGCUGGCUGAGCACUUUGGUUUUGCAUUUUCGCUAGUUCGGGAGUGGCGUGAUGCUUCACAAAAUUCAUUUCAAGAGUGCUUUCGAACGUCUAUUACCGACGUCUCCAUGGGUCUCUAUACAAAUACUAACGAUCUCACCAAUGCCUUGAGUAAUGCCUAUGGCAGCAGUUUGAGCAACCAUAGUCAUACGAGCGGUGACCCGAAACCCGCCCAGUUGUCAAGUCUCUCGAUGGAUCCGGCGUGUUUAGGCGACGCUGCCCACUGCGCACCCUACCUGUCUACCCUAUGCUUUGAUCCAUAUCAUUACUUGGCUCACAGGCACUCCGACCUCUACCUCUCAUGGGCCGUCUACCUCCCGUGGAAUUUCUAUGAUCUGUUGCUGUGUCUGUACACCGCCUUCUGCAAUAUCUCCUGCCGGGACUGGGGCUGCGGUGAUUGCCUUCACGAGGACCCUUGUGACCGUGGCAGUCACGGCGUCCUCAGUCCACAGUCGCCUGCCUCCGGCUGCCGCUGCCGCUCCACAGUCCACUGCAGAGGCGUGAUGCCGACGCUCUACCAACACAGCCUCACCUUCAAGGACGCACCGGCUCUGAUAUCGCAGAACAAGAAUUGUUCCACCCUCGCCAAGCAGCUCAGCCAAGUCCUACACUCCGACCACUUCACGGAACUGUUCGACCAGUGUGACCAGUUCCUAUAUCGCAUCAGGAUGCCCUUCCUCUGCGCCAUCAUCGCACUCUGGCUCCUCGCCACGCUCUACAUCCUCAGCGCACUCCUCUACCGCCUGGACUUAUUGCGCAUCCACUCACACCUGCUCACCACCAGGGCCUCACACCUCAUCGACGUCAAGGCUCUGCUCGCCGGCAGCCGCAGGAUGCUCUCACUCUACAAGGACGUCGACUACUUCGACGAUGACUUUCACUCAUGA